GGUGGAGAUGACUCCCGGGUCCCCCCUGGCGAGCGGCUACAACUCCGGCGACGCCCCCAGCCGCGCCAUGGACGGCGACGCAUCCAGCCUGUGGACGGCGAACUGCGCAACGGCGUGCAACGAGACGCGGAAGUAUUGGCUGGGCGUGGAACUUCCCAAUAAUGCCCCGGAAGCGGAAGAGGAGGAACUCAUGGUGCGAUGUUUCCGGAUCUGGCAAUCAGAACGGCUGGAGCAACAGAUGAUCAGCACUCAGAUCCAGCUGUGGAACGGUGAGAUCUACAUCCUGUCGCCCAUGACCAAAACAGGUUCACUGCACGAACUCGGAGGUGGCGUUUGGUCCAGACCUGCAGCCAGCUUCAUGACGCGGUGGCGUUUGGUGCCCAAAGCAGAGGAAAAUCGGCACUGGAGGGUCUUGGAGCUGGAGAUGUACGCAGAUUCCAAGUGCAGGAAUCGCUUGCCAGUGGCUGGCUUGGAGGGAGGUGGUGAGACGGUGCUGGCGUCCAGCUACUUUCCGCUGAUCACCGGCUUCCGCCGCGCCGAGCGCGGCAAGAUGUGGUCGGAAGCGCAGCAGUUGAGCGAUUUGGAUACCAGCACGGGCAUCCUGAUUCGCCACGAACCCAACCGCUCACAUCCGGGUUUUCUGGGCGUUGACUACCUUUCUGGGGCAGUUUGGGUGCGAUGUGUGAAGUUGAUGCAGGGCUCGAUGCCCAUGGAGUACGUCCCCUCCGUGACCUUGCAACUCUGGGAUGGUGCCGAAUGGCGAAGUGAGGAUCCCGAGCUGAGCUCGGUGGAGGUGAACCUGAACGGCCUCGGCGGGGGCGGAUGGCAGCGGCGCCCCGCGGAACCUGGGACCCUGUGGCGCCUGGAGAAUGCGGAGCUGGUGCCGCAAGGCUGGGCCGUUUACGAGGUGGAAUUCUUUGAAGAAAGCAAUUGCAAUGGAAAGCUUCGAGGGGAUGUGGUGGCCAGUGGCUAUGCGCCUCCGCUCUCCAAGAACGGCCCGGAGAACGCGGUGGAUGGCAACGAAACCACGGUGUGGAUGUCCCAGUGCUGCCCAGUCGAGGAAGGCGAUCGUCCUAGGGGCUUCGAGUUGCUGGAACCUGCCGUGGGCUGCGCGCCUGGGGACGCCUGGGUGGGUUUAGAUCUGGGUGCGGACAACGCCGUGGAGAAGGUCUGGUGUUUGUGUAUGACCGUUUUUGUGUUCCUGCUUUGGAUUUUCAUUAUCUAUCAGUACGGCAUCUUCUUCUGCGUGGAGAAGGCGAACAAGGCGACAGAGAGCUCGCGCUCGACUUUUGUGGUGGCAGAUUCGCAAGCGGUAUACGGUUGCAUCCCUGACAACGUUGCAGUGGAUCUAUCAGACCCUACGAAGCCAUCACUCUUUCGAUCCGAUCCAUCUUCAGCAGAUUUCCUUUGCCCUGACUGCAGCAACCAUGGCGACUCGUGGACAACCAUGGCAUUGCGCUUGGUGUCAGAAGGAUGUCAAAGGCGAGUCCCCAAGAAGUCUCCAGCACGACCACAGAAGAAGAACGACAACAAACAAGGGAAAGCGCGCAUCGUUCCACCUGCCGAACCAGAAUGGGGUGGAUCUCAAGAUCAUGCACCAGAUUCUACUGCUGCGGCUUCCAAACCGAGUGCAGCGGAGAUGCAAUUGAAGGAGCUGGCAUCGGCGGUGAAACAGAUGGAUCAGCCGCUGACCACCGAUGUGCAGCGAGCCCUUGCCAAUGCGCAGAAGCUUGUGGUCGUGGACCCAACUAUUCAGUUGCAGAGUGCAGCAGCCAAAUUGGGCCACGCACGAGAUCAAUUGCUGCUGGCGCGAAAGGCACGGCAAAAUCUACACAAUUCGUGGGCGAAGUUCAUCGCCGAGGCAGUUCAACGAUGGAACAAACACACCGAGGACUUCGAAACCAAGGACGCUGCGCAUGCAGCGGCAAUUCAGGAAGCCUUGGAAAAGUAUCAGAGUGCGAAGGACACCAUGGAGAAAUCCAAAGAGGCAGUGAGUGCCUCGGACAUCGUGGCCACAGAUCUCGCCGAACCGUCGGAGGAAGAGCUCAUGGCCGAUGUGACGCCCAGCAUUCAGGACGAUAUGAGAUCCAUGGUGAGAACCUUCGACGAGAUCAGAGCCAGGCAAGAAGAAAUCAUCGACGGUUCGGGGGGGCAAGUAGACAGAUAUGAGGCCUGCCUACCCCCAGCGGAGUUGAUUGCUAUGUGCACUUCGCAGUGGACGCAUAGCAUCUUGGACGAGUCAGACUUCACUGCGCCAUGGUUCGCCACGGAAAGGGCGAUUGAUCAGUGCAUCAGUGUCCACGGAUUUGAUGCUUGUUCCCAGCUUUUGGAUGGGUCCAAAAGUCUCUAUGCUGAUCUACGUCCUCGUGCUCGACACCAUCAAAUUUUGCGGCCUGUGACCUUUUCAUCUCAUGUCGAGGUGUGGUAUGGUCGUGAGAGUGACACUUUGUCAUCAACAAUUUUGACACAUGAGCAGCUUGGUACCUGGCAUGACAAGCCUUGGACAUUGGAUCUUGACAAACAUGCAGCUGUUGUGGAACCGCUGUCCACGGAGGCCGUGUUGAUCCCGACAGUCUGUAAUUCCAAUUAUGAGCCAACUUGCUCGCAACCACGAAAUCACAGUGCUGAUGCUCACCACGCACAGAUCGGUGACAAUGCUGCACAUUUGAUUCCGGAUGCAGCACCGCGUCCAAGUGAUUUCGCCAUUUAUGAUAUGCAUUCUUCAUGGCACCUUCACCUACGAGUUGAAUGGCGGGAGCAUGCGACUUCGCAAUAUGGAGGAGAACGCAUUAUGAAGAUCCAAACAUGGUAUUUCACUAACUUAAGAAUGCAUCCCAGAUCGUAG